AUGUAUCAGGUCCGUGUUGACGGAGAUAAGAGAGCAGCGAGCAAGAAGAGAUAUCGGCAACACAGAAAGAGCAGGAGCAACAUGUCGAAACCUCAUAUUGAGGAAGAGCUUCCAGUUCAGGAUGGUCUUUCUCGAACACUCAAAGACCUCUUCGCAGACAUUGUCAAGGUGAGAUUACAAACAACAUCACAAUACUCUGGUGCCCUGGACGCAGCGACCAAGAUCUACCAAAACGAAGGAGCCCUCGCCUUCUACAAGGGCACACUGACACCACUCAUCGGAAUCGGAGCUUGUGUAUCAAUCCAAUUCGGCGGCUUCCACUAUGCGCGACGUGCCUUCGAAGCCAGUAACGAAGCCAAGACUGGAAAAGGUCAAUUGUCAUACUCGCAAUACUAUGCCGCCGGUGCAUUCGCCGGUAUCGCCAAUACCGUUCUAUCCAGCCCCAUCGAGCACAUCCGUAUAAGACUGCAAACACAACCCCACGGUCCAAAUCGUCUCUAUGCCGGCCCGAUCGACUGCGUGCGCAAACUCUCGGCACAUCAAGGCGUACUUGGCGGUGUCUACCGUGGCACAGCUGUCACAUUCAUGCGCGAAGCACAAGCUUACGGCUGUUGGUUCACCGCCUUUGAGUACAUGAUGAACGCGGACGCUGCACGCAACGGAAUUGACCGGAAGGAGAUCUCUACUCUAAAGGUCGCGGCAUAUGGUGGACUUGCGGGUGAAGUGCUGUGGAUCAGUUCAUAUCCCUUCGAUGUAAUCAAGAGCAAGAUGCAGAGUGAUGCGUUUGGCAAGGAUCAGAAGUACAAGAGUAUGAGGGAUUGCUUCGCGAAGACGUACAAGGGCGAGGGCUUGGGUGGCUUUUGGAGGGGUAUUGGACCGACUUUGCUCAGGGCUAUGCCAGUCUCGGCAGGCACAUUUGCUACGGUCGAGGUCACGAUGCGAUUGAUCAGCUAA